AUGACUGUUAAGACACCACCCACGCAGCAACGAUCGUCGGUGACUCGAUUAGCUGGCAAGGACAUUGCCGGGUUAUCACGCGUUGUAUCCAAGAGUGAGCUCGAGCGGAUCAAGCAACGUUCGGUUAUCCUGACGGAUGCAGCAGCCCAACAGCUCAAAGCAGAGCGCGAAGCGCAGCAAGCAGUGUCUAGGCACGAGUCGGAGGAACGCAAGCGCCGCAUGAUGGAGAAGGAGAUUGAAGUGCGUGCAAGACGUGAGCAAUCAGCCAUGGAGAUGGAGCUGGAGGCCGAGCGUAAGGCGCUGCUCACGGGCAACGAGAUGAUCAACAACCAGCAUCUCGAGUCGCUACGUAAGAUCAACUCGCUAUCCAUAGCGGCCACAGGCUAUCAGCUCUGUGACACACUAAAGACACAUCAAAAGGAACGACAAGUGACCGAAGCUCGGUAUAACACCAUUCACGACAGUAUCAUGGAACGCGACCGCCGUCGCGACAUCCAGAGGCGGAAAGAUGCCGAAAUCGAGGCACACGCUAAGCGGAUGGAGGCACGCCAAGUGCUUGAGGAGCAGAUUGCAGAGCGUCACAAACAAUCUAUCCGCGAGGAAGAGGCUAAGGAUAUUGAGGCUCAAAAGAUCCUCAAGAUCUACAAGCAGUACGAGGUGGAUGAGCAGAGGAAGCUCGAACAGCAUCGCGAGAGGCAGAAAGAGACGAUGCGUCAGGUGGCGCAGACGAACGAGCAGAUUAAAUACAUGAAGGAGCAGAUGGUUAUUCGAGAUAAGAAGGAGGAAAUGGCUGCGGCAGCGUAUCUGCGCAAGAAAGCUCUAGAAGAAGAAGCCAAACUCCAGGAAGAGGCUCGAAUUCGCAAGUCGAAGGAGCUACGUACCGCCAAACUGCGUGCCCAACAAGAGAAGGCACAAGACAAACAGGCAAUUCAGGACGAAUUCCGAGCUAAGAAAGCGUACGAGGAGACCGAAAAGAACACGCGACUGAAGGAGAAACGCGAUAAGGAGAGGAAAAUCGCGUUGAUGCAGUCGAUCUUGCAAGACCGCAAGAAACAGGAGACUUUCCACGCUGAGCAGGCUGAGCGGAUGCGAGCGCUAGACGCCAACACGGAUCGUAUCGGACAGCAGCAGGUUGAGCGGGAGUACCAACGUCUCAAAGCCGCAGAAGCCGCCGCAAAGGAGCGCGAUCUUAAGCACGGAGAUCUAUUGAUGCAGCAAAUUGAGUCCAAUGAACAGCGACGUGUGAAGGCCAAGAUGUUCGAGCAGAACGAUGCCAAGUUCCUCAAGAAGAAGGCGAUGAAAGAGAGUAUUCUAGCGGAGAAGCCUUCAGCGCUGUGCGAUUACAACUACAACGCCGGUGACUUGACACUCAGCGAAUCGUGUCGAGUGAAGGAAGGAGUGAAUUUCUACCCACAGCAGAUUCACUUGGCUUUCGCAGGAGAGACGGCUGGGACGGGGAUGACGGUGUCUUGGGCGACAUACGAAGAGGUAAAUGACAGCUCGUUAUGGGUCGGCACAGCCAACAGUAGCGAUGCGCUGAAGAUCGUGGAUACCACAGUCGAGAGUAUCAACUACUACCACGACGACAAGUAUCAUAUGUAUCACCACCACGCGACGGUGACGGAUCUAACACCGCACAGCAAUUACUACUACAAGGUCGGCAGCAAGGCCGACGCGAGGUACCAGAGCGACAUGUAUUCGUUCGUGACAGCCCGCUCUGCUUCGGACACCUCAACGUUCAAUGUGGUCAUCUACGGAGACGCCGGUGAUGGUGACAAUUCAGUUGAUACGAUUGCUUACAUGAACUCGCAGACUGCAAACGACAUCGACUUGAUCUACCAACUUGGUGAUAUGUCUUACGCGGACGACGACUAUCUCGUAGCAUCUCAACUCACAGGAUUCUUCUAUGAAGAAGUGUACAACAAAUGGAUGAACUCGUUGGCCCCCAUCAUGAGCUCCGUCCCGUACAUGGUCUUGGUUGGCAACCACGAGGCCGAAUGUCAUUCUCCAGCUUGCCAACUGUCACAAGCGAAGAAGGACAUGCUUGGCAACUACACGGCAUACAACUCUCGAUGGAAAAUGCCGUACAAAGAGAGCGAUGGAGCGUUGAAUAUGUGGCACUCGUUCGACCACGGUCCAAUCCACUUCACGUCGUUAUCGACUGAAACCGACUACCCCAACUCGCCGACGAACGCAUACACUUUGACGAACAAGAACGGGAACUUUGGCAAUCAACUGGGUUGGUUGGAGACUGAGUUGGCGAAGGCCAACGCGAACCGCGAUAAUGUGCCAUGGAUCAUUGUCGGUAUGCACCGACCAAUCUACGACGUGGCCGGCUGUGACGACGGCGUUCCGAAGGACGACAACUUGUAUCUCCAACAAGCGUUUGAGUCCCUUUUUCUCAAGUACAAGGUGGACGUGGUAGUUGCCGGCCACCGACACUAUUACGAGCGUCAACUUCCUAUCGCAAACAGCUCCGUCGUUUUGGACGGCGUGUCGGACGACUACAAGGUCUACGACAACCCUCAGGCGCCAGUGUACAUUUUGACUGGUGCUGCUGGCAACGUGGAGAAUCUGCGUGACGCACCUGACGGCACCGCGCCGUGGAAUGCAGCGUUCGAUUACUCCCACUUCGGUUUCUCAACACUGGAAGCCAACCGCACGAUGCUGUCGUGGAAGUACUUCGCGAGCUCUGACCUGUCGGUGCAAGAUGAAUUCGUCAUGUUCAAGAACGAUUCGAGCCUCUAGCAGUCUGUACGAGAUUCUACCGCGAAAUCAUUACCCUUGGUGCGGGCAUUUCGACAGGUAAGGUCAUCGAUCACGAGGCAUGCCUGAUACUGUAUUACUUUCUUGUGAUUAACCCAAUUUGCAAGAUGUUACCGAAAAUAUACAACG